AUGCCGCGGGAGAUCAUCACCCUGCAGCUGGGCCAGUGCGGAAACCAAAUCGGGUUCGAGUUCUGGAAGCAGCUCUGUGCCGAGCAUGGCAUCAGCCCCGAGGGCAUCGUGGAGGAGUUCGCCACCGAGGGCACCGACCGCAAGGACGUCUUCUUCUACCAGGCAGACGAUGAGCACUACAUCCCCCGCGCCGUGCUGCUGGACCUGGAGCCCCGUGUCAUCCACUCCAUCCUCAACUCUCCGUACGCCAACCUCUACAACCCAGAGAACAUUUACCUGUCUGAGCACGGUGGUGGAGCCGGCAACAACUGGGCCAGUGGCUUCUCACAGGGAGAAAAAAUCCACGAAGAUAUUUUUGAUAUAAUAGACAGAGAGGCCGAUGGCAGCGACAGUUUGGAAGGCUUUGUGCUUUGCCACUCCAUCGCUGGUGGCACAGGCUCCGGGCUGGGCUCAUACCUGCUGGAAAGGCUGAACGACAGGUAUCCCAAGAAGCUGGUGGAGACCUAUUCAGUGUUCCCAAACCAGGAUGAGAUGAGUGAUGUCGUCGUGCAGCCCUACAACUCCCUGCUGACACUGAAGAGGCUGACCCAGAAUGCUGACUGCGUGGUGGUCCUGGACAACACAGCCCUGAACCGGAUUGCCACAGACCGGCUGCACAUUCAGAACCCUUCCUUCUCCCAGAUCAACCAGCUGGUCUCCACCAUCAUGUCUGCCAGCACCACCACGCUGCGCUACCCUGGCUACAUGAACAACGACCUGAUCGGGCUGAUCGCCUCUCUCAUCCCCACGCCGCGCCUGCACUUCCUCAUGACCGGCUACACGCCGCUCACCACCGACCAGUCGGUGGCCAGUGUGAGGAAGACCACAGUGCUGGAUGUGAUGAGGAGAUUGCUGCAGCCUAAAAAUGUGAUGGUGUCCACUGGGCGAGACAGGCAGACCAACCACUGCUACAUUGCCAUUCUCAAUAUCAUCCAGGGGGAGGUGGAUCCUACACAGGUUCACAAGAGCCUGCAACGGAUCCGGGAGCGGAAGUUAGCCAACUUCAUCCCCUGGGGUCCUGCCAGCAUCCAGGUGGCUUUGUCACGCAAGUCACCCUACCUGCCCUCGGCACACCGCGUCAGUGGCCUGAUGAUGGCAAACCACACCAACAUCUCCUCACUGUUCGAGCGCACGUGCCGGCAGUACGACAAACUGCGCAAGCGAGAGGCCUUCCUGGAGCAGUUCCGCAAGGAGGACAUCUUCAAGGACAACUUCGAUGAGCUGGACAACUCCCGGGAGAUCGUGCAGCAGCUGAUCGAUGAGUACCACGCGGCCACGCGCCCCGACUACAUCUCCUGGGGCACACAGGAGCAGUGAGUGAUUCCCCAGGGCUGCCUCUGUGCUCAACAGCAGAGCUCAGUCUGUGCCAUGCCCACCCCCAGCACCCCUCAGCGCUGCCUGCUUGUGGGGGAGCUCCGGCUAUGCUCCUCACUGGAAGCAGCUCUGCUCCUGAAGACCCUUGGUGGGGGACAGCCUCCACUCCACCAUGUGCCCUGGCCCAGGCUGGGACGGGGGCAGCUGUGCCUGGUGCUGGUAAGGGGCCUCCGCCUAUGGCAGCGAUGCUCACGAGGAGGAAGAGAGCAAAAGGCAGGGGCUUGGAACAGGCCCGGCCCAAAGCCAGGUGCACAAGACCCCUGCAGCCAAAGGCUCUGUGUGGCUGAGCCAGUCCUUGCCCUAGACGGGAGCUGUGUUACUCCUUCAGCAGAUGAGACCUGGGGCACAGGCUCAAGCUAUAUUUUUGUAGUUAUUUUGCUUUA